AUGCCUACUAUCGAGGAUACGACUUCCAAGGAAGUCACGUCACCAUGGUUGAACGCAGUACCAAGCAUUGUCGCCGAUGAGAUAUUCUCUCUGGCUGCAGACUAUCGCCUCGACCCAAACCCGCAAAAGGUCGAUCUGCUAAUCGGGGCCUACCGUUCCGAAGACGGGAACCCAUGCCCAUUACGUUCGGUACUGGAAGCAGAACGUCGUCUCCUAUCUCUAAACGACUUGGGGAAGCAUGAGUAUCUCCCUAUCGAGGGAGAUACCACUUAUCUCAGACUGGCCCAAAAGCUUCUAUUCGGCCAAGAUGACCGGUCUAAGCUGUUGCAGCGGAUAGUCUCAGUCCAAUCUAUCUCUGGAUCUGGAGCCAUCCACAUCGGUGCUGCUUUUCUGUCCCGUUUCCUCAAACCGAGAUGCGUAUGGGUCUCUGAUCCUACUUGGGGUCCUCAUAUUCUGAUGUUUGAAAGAAUGGGUGUGGAAUGCAAGAAAUAUCCAUACUACGAUCAAACCACACGACUCCUCAACUUCCGAGGAAUGAUCGAAACUCUCGAGUCUCAGGGUCAAAUUGGAGAUGUUAUCAUUCUUCAAGUCUGCGCUCAUAACCCAACUGGCCUCGAUCUGAGUCAAGAACAGUGGAAGGUUGUAGCUGAGAUUUGUCAACGCAAAGGCAUCUUCCCAUUCUUUGAUAAUGCAUACCAAGGCUUUGCCACAGGAGACCCAGAAAAAGAUGCUUGGCCACUUCGAUACUUUGCCAGUCUAGAACGCCCUCUGACCUUCUGUGUGGCACAGUCCUUCUCUAAGAACUUUGGACUCUACGGACAGAGAACAGGAGCUCUCCAUUUCAUCACAAACAGCAAGGAUAUCGCCAUCCAGCCCAACAUCCUUCAGCAGCUUCGUUUCAUUAUCCGAACCGAAUACUCAACUCCACCUCGAACAGGCUGCAACAUUGUGAAAACCAUCCUUGGCGACCCAGAGCUUAAGUCUCAAUGGCUCAGUGAUGUUUUUUCCAUGAGCAAAAGACUGGGACAGGUCCGCUCAGCACUUCAUGGUGGCUUGAGCGCCUUCGCAGAAAGCGGCGACUUUGACCAUAUCAUGAAACAGGUAAUGAAGCACGAACUUUGUCUUGGUUGCCAUUCGAUGAGCUAA